UCUGUGAUUGGGCGGGCGCUGGUGUAGACCUGGAUGGGAAUUUCACGUCCAUCCCCUGUGAGCCGUGGACAAUUCCUAAGAUGACUGGGCUUUCAUUUUCUCGUCGGUAGGGUCCGAAUACUAGUACUUGCUUCACACGGUGUGCUCGGGCCUAACCGAGGAAAUGGAAGAUAAAGUGACUAGUCCAGAGAAAGCUGAAGAAGCAAAAUUAAAAGCAAGGUAUCCUCAUCUGGGACAAAAACCUGGAGGUUCAGAUUUCUUAAGGAAACGAUUGCAAAAAGGGCAAAAAUAUUUUGAUUCUGGGGAUUACAACAUGGCCAAAGCAAAAAUGAAGAACAAGCAACUUCCUGCUGCCGCCCCGGAUAAGACAGAGGUCACUGGUGACCACAUUCCGACUCCACAGGACCUUCCUCAGCGGAAACCAUCCCUUGUUGCUAGCAAGCUGGCUGGCUGAUUAAAAGAGCUGAACUGCAUGAAUCUUCUAAUUCCCAUUCUUUCCUCUUAAUAUGUUACCUAACCCACUUUUUAUUUCUUUUCAUUCACCUAAGUCAUUUGAAACUGACAGCUUUGCAGGUAGCGGUAGUGUGUGCUGCUAUUGUAAGGGAAUAUACAUGUGUAGAGUUUUGAUUAGCUUAACAGUGCACUGAUGAAAAGAACAUGUUAGAGCAACAGAAGUAAUCUACUUGAAAAUAAUUGUAUAUAUUACCUAACUCCUUGUGUAGGACUAGUUCCAACAAGUAACAAGCAAGUUUUAUGAUUUUAAUGUUUUGGCUUUCUUUACUUCAUCUAAAUUACAGCUUUGUAUGUUACUCUUUAUUUAAUAUAAUCUCUGUUUUAUUGAUUUCUUCUGUAUUUUCCUUUGGAAUUUUGUAAAACAGAUGUUUAAGACCACAAGUUGGAAGGAAGGUCACAUGCUUCAAAAACAAAUAGAUGGCUCUCUGAGAGAUUUGUGUUUCUGUGCUUGAACUUGAAUGGCCUUAAACCUGUUCCAGCUUUAACAGUAGUAUUUUACUUGGGCAAUAUUUGCCCAUUCUGGUGUAACUUAUGCGACUCUAGUGCUUAGCAGCUGCCGUUGAAGCUAGUGUUCUUACUCGGUUCUGUAGUCUUGGUAGUCUUAGAACACCUUGUGUUGUUAAAGAUGUGAAUGAAGUGUGCAUGUGCAUUGACUGUUGAAUUCACUUUUGUGCCAUUUUUGUAAAUAUAAUAGUUUUGCACAACCUCUCACAAAUGUCUGUAUUAAUUUCACAUAUUAAAAAGUAGAUAAUGUGCCAACUAGAAGCACAAGAAUUCCUACACAAAACUCUGUAUGUCAUUAUGGCUUUUGUAUAAUAAGAGCAGUUUACAAUCCUGGGCUUAUAGAAUACCAAACAAACCUUUGCACAGUCUGCUGUAGGCUUAA